UGUCGUUGUAGUAAGAAAUGCUGAAGUCAGUGUCUGAGUGCAGAACAUCACUACAACUCCUCUUCGGCCCAUUUCAUACCCAUUUCAAACAAAGCAAUUCAAAUCAAUCUUCUAAUUCUCUCAUGGUUUCAUUCUUCAGAUCAUCAUCAUCAUCAUCGUCAUCAUCAAGAAGUUUUUCUCACAAAUACCAUCUCAGAAAAACAAGAAAAUGGCCACUCUCACCAUACAAGGCCAAAUGGCAAGAAACAUUCAAUGAUCAACAAGCCAUUCAAACCCUCAAACAAUCAUCAUCAACAAACUCAACCCAUCUUCUCUCUUCCCUCAUCGAUUCCUUCUCUGUCUACAGAUCAAACCCAACUCCCAAUGCCUACCAUUUCGUCAUCAAAACCCUAGCCAAAACCUCCAAAUUCGACCAAAUCCCCCAAGUUCUCGAUCGCAUCGAACGAGUCGAAAAAUUCGAAACACCCGAGUUCAUUUUCGUCGAUUUGAUCAGAAUUUAUGGCGAUUCGAAUUUGAUUCGACAAGCCAUUGAUCUGUUCUUUAGGAUACCUAAGUUCAGGUGUGUUCCUUCGGUGGAUUCUCUCAAUUCUUUGCUUUCAGUGCUUUGUAAGAAUCGAGAGGGUAUUUGGGUUGUUCCUCAAAUUUUGUUGAAGAGUCAGUUGAUGAAUAUACGUGUCGAAGAAUCUAGCUUUUGUGUCUUAAUCAAGGCUCUUUGUAGGAUUAGGAAGGUGGGUUAUGCGAUUAAGUUGUUGAAUUUUAUGAUUCGUGAUGGGCAUAGUCUUCUUGAUGGGAGAUUGUGUUCUUUAAUUUUGUCAACUCUCUGUGAAGGAAAAGAUUUGUCUGGUGUUGAGGUUAUGUGUUUUUGGGAAGAAAUUAGGAAAUUAGGGUUUUACCCUAAGAGUUUGGAUUGGUGCAAUGUGAUUAGGUUUUUGGUGAAGAAUGGGAAGGGCAUGGAUGCUUUGGGUGCUCUUGAGGAUAUGAAAAUGGAUGGAAUCAAGCCCAAUGUAGUCUGUUAUACUUUGGUUUUAGAUGGGAUUGUUGCAGAAGGGAAGUUCAAGAAGGUAGAUGAACUGUUCGAUGAAAUGCUUGUGUUGGGUUUGGUUCCCGAUAUUCAUACUUACAAUGCAUACAUAAAUGGUUUGUGUAAACAGAACAAGGCAGAGGAGGGAGUGAAGAUGAUUGGUUAUAUGGAGGAGUUGGGUUGCAAGCCCAAUGUCGUUUCGUAUAAUACGAUCUUGCAGGGGUUUUUUGAUGUUGGGAAGUUGAGUAGGGCAAUGGAGAUUGUGAAGGAGAUGGAGUCGAAGGGCGUGCGCCUUGACUCACAAACGUAUGAUAUUAUCAUUGAUGGGUUGGUAAAGGAUGGUCAAAUUGAUGAAGCUUGCGGUCGAUUAAAGGAAAUUUUGGAUAAGGGUUUAAUUCCUCAGUCUUCAACAUUUGAUGAAGUGAUAUGUGGGUUGUGUCAAAGAGGGCUGGUUUGUAAGGCAAUGGAACUGUUAAAAGAAACAGUUGGCAAGAAUGUUGCUCCUGGGAUUAGGGCAUGGGAAGCUCUACUUGUAUAUGAGUUUAAACCUAGUGUUGAGGAGACAGCUUCAAUGGAUGCUAAAAUUCCCAUUCAAACUGAUGGCAAGAAUAUUGCUCCUGGGAUUAGGGCAUGGGAAACCUUACUUGUAUCUGAGUUUAAAUCUAGUUUUGAGGAGACUGCUUCAAUGGAUGCUAAAAUGUUCAUUCAAACUGAAUUACUUGGGUAGCCAGAAUAUUAACUUUGAGCAUGAAAUUUUGUUAACCUCCAACAUUGAUCUUUGGUGCAUAUUGGUGUUCAUUCAAAUUGAAUUACUUGUAUCUGAGUUUAAAUCUAGUUUUGAGGAGACUGCUUCAAUGGGUGCUAAAAUGUUCAUUCAAACUGAAUUACUUGGGUAGCCAGAAUAUUGACUUCGAGCGUGAAAUUUUGUUAACCUCGAACAUUAAUCUUUGGUGCAUGUUGGUGUUUCACACUGAAAACUCCUUUUUAUGGACCACUGUUACUCACGUUUGAACAUUGAAUCCAUACGAUCACACUUGCAAGUUGCUGGAGAAGAGCUAAAGCACAAAAUCAUGUACUAUUGUGGAGUUCACUUAUUUAACACAAAAGAGAACAUACAUUUUGAGAACAUUGGUGCUAUUCAAUUUAUUGCUACUAUAAAAGAGGCAUUGGCUGCCUUUUCUGUAAUUGUGCGCUUGAGUUGCACCCUUUCUUAAUCCGCUACUUGUUAAUGCAUCAUCACUUGAUUCUUU